GCGCGCAUCUCCCGCCCCUUGUCAACCUCCGCGGGCUGGCGGGACCAAUGAAAGACCGAGAAAGGACGACGACGAGUCGGAGGAGGUCUCCCUCAGUUCCACCACUGUCUCCUGUGUACGGUGUCCGCCAUAGAGCAAGGCUAGCUCGGCUUUACCACCCACCCGGGUCGAAGCGGCACUGGCUUAUCAGCGUCCACGGAGGUCGGCCUCCUCCUCCGCCUGGCCGUGGAUGGUGUGCGCCAAUAGCACCAGGAGAAGGCCCAGCCGACAUUUUUGUCUUAACCCCUGGUCUGGAGGAGUCUUCACGCCGAGAAGGGACAUCCGAGGACACGGAGAGGCCGCAAGCAACAACGCUGAGUCAUGCGAAGUAGCACUGACCUUUGACCCUGUCCACUUUUGCAUCUGAGUAAAACUCACCAGAACUGACUUUGUGACAAAGACCUGACCCCCCCUCCAGGACUCGGGCAUGCCUCAGCCGGGUAUGAAUGGGAUGGAGCCUGCUUUUGGCGAGGCCUACGGGUGCCAUCGGGCUCUGCUGAGCCCCUACCCUCUGGCCAUGUCGCCACAAGGGGGCAGGACGGAGUACGACCAGAGCGUUCUUCUCAUGCUGGGCUCCCCGGCGUCCCCACGGAAACGGCCCUUUGAGUUGCUCAGCGACCUGGUGGACGACGGCGGCCUGGGUGAGGACUUGCAUCCGGAGCGCUGGGAUGUCUCGUCGCUGGACGAGAUGGCGCGCUACACCAAGCUGGGCCUCGGCGUCGGUGGGGAGCUACUGGCCACCUCAGAAGAAGCUGUCCUGAUGGGCCGCUGGGGGAGGAGCCGUGAGGACCAGCAGCAGCAGGAGGAGGAGAAGCGGGGGCUGACGACACACGCAGCACCUCCCACCACCACCACGCAGGAAACACAGGCCAAAGGAGGAGCAAGCGGGCUGGGGCCUCGCUGUGUUGCUACGACAACAAAGAAGGAGUCGACAGUUGCCGGAAGAGCGUCCGGGGGAGACCAAGAUGGCGGCAUGAGCAGGGAGUGCACGGUGGAGGUGUAUCAGGUGGCACAAGAGGCGGCACCGACGUCAGGCUUGGUAGUGGAGCACUGCAGUGAGGAACACAACUACUCCUUGAGCAAGGGGGUCCAGGCGGAGGAGGUGCAGCAGGAGGGCGACUGUGAGGAGAAUGCCCAGCUGGACUUGGACGACGAGCAGGAGGAAGAGGAAGCUGAGGAGGACGAGGAGGAGGAAGAGGAUGGCGAGGACGGCGCAGAAGAGACGACGGCCGACCUCUCCAGUUCGUCGGAAACUGAAUGCGAGGUGGAGGCGGAACCGGUGAGGCAGUCUGGUGAGCGUCCGUCGAAACGCCGCUGUUUCUGGGAGUACAGACGCUCCCGCGAGUCAGCCACUAAGAAGAAGAUGUGUGGCGACGUGCACUGGUCGCUGUCUUGGAGCUCUAGCACGCUACCGAGCACGCUUUACCGCCGAGAAGGCAAAAAAGGUCGUCGCAAAGCCCGCAAGACGGACGCCAGUGACCUGACUCCAAACCCGCAGAAGCUCCACAACAUCGGCGAGCAGCUGCAGAAGCUCAACGCUGCCAUCGAUGGCAUGGGUCCCGUCAACGACCUGCCCGCAGUGGCCCGAGCACGAUCCCGCAAAGAGAAGAACAAACUGGCCUCCAGGGCCUGCAGGCUGAAGAAGAAGGCGCAGCACGAGGCCAACAAGAUCAAGCUGUGGGGGCUCAACCAGGAAUACGAGAACUUGCUGGGGGCGCUGCUGCGUAUCAAAGAGGUCAUUCGGCAGAAGGUGGAGAGCAGCGAGGAAGACGACACAGACGAGCGAGGGAUGACUCAGCGUCUGGAGGACAUCCUUGGCGAGUCCAGCGGUCCUUUAGUCGCCGGGCGGACCAAAGACUUCGUGCAGAGGAUUUUGGCAGCCAGUGCGGGGGGGCAGAGCCCAAGCAAGAAGCCCCCGCAGGCAGGAGACUAGGCGUCGGGCUAAAUCCUGCCCACUCACUUCCGCUUCCGCCUGUGCCACAAGACCCUCCUCUUCCUCCUCCUCCUCCUACGAGCACCGCCCCCCCCCUCCCACUCCACCAGGACGAGGAGGUGUUGGUAACCAGGCGAGAAUGCUGCUGCUGCUGCUGCUGACGUCGCCGCCAUGCUGGGUGUCCCGUGUGUUUGUAUGUGUGAGUGUACGCCGCUCUUGUAAAAUACUGUACUGAACCCCCCCCCGGUCCCCCUUUCCCCAACCCCCGCCGUGUGCUGUACUCGUACCCCAUUGUGCCUAUAAAUAGACUUGCACUGUUUUGUAGAUGCCCGUAGUCAUCAGCAGUGGGGGCGCUAGUGAGCCGAGGGCCAGGGGGUCUUAAAAUAAGGAAGUGUGUGGCGGGUGGUUGUCUAAAGUCGGGGUCCCGGGGUGCCGCAUCGGCGCCUUUCACACACGCCCACAUCGCCGCCGCUCACGUCACAUUGUCGGGAGAUGUCGCGGUAACGGCUCCAUUUCCUGUGUGAAAGACGCCAGUGACGAUGGAAUCCCGAUGCCCCCCCCCCGAGCUUUAACACCCACACGUCUCCCGAAUCUUCCUCCUCGUCAUCAUCAUCACCGCCCAUGUUUGAAACGCUGCACCUUAUUCCGAAACGACCAAAGAAAACACCAAACACCAAAACCUCUCACAUGCUGCCAACCCUUUUUUCAUGUUAUGUUAUUUUUUUUGUCUCACGUGAGAAAACUCAAAACACUUCACCAGCAUGCCCCCACCCCCCUGCCCCCCAAAAAACAAACAAACCCUCCAGCGCCCCUGGCCAAGCCCUCCCCUGCCCCUCCUUCAACUGAAAAUGUAGCACACCUUGCUCACUUGCAACCACAAAGUAAGACACUUGUAGAUCUAGACAGCAAAUAAUGCAUUUCACUUGUUCUUUUCUAUAAUAAUAUCUAUGUAUUGUUGCGUGGCCACGCCACAGCCCACCUGGUGGGCCUGUCUGCCUUUCUUCUGUGAAGCUGUAGACCAACCUUGUCCACGGUCUCUAAAUGUUGGUGGACGUAAAGCAGAAAUAGUUCAAGGACCCUUUUUGAAUUGCACUGUGGUUUAAAAAAAAACAAAAAACGACGACAACGCACCUUGCUAAGAGGACUCAAGGUCCUCCUUUUAAAAUAAAAAAAUACAAAAAAAAAACAAACUUAGCAACAAAAGAAAGACUCUUGGCACCUUCUCCACAUGUUGAACAGCUGACUGGUUUUUGCUUGCCCACAAACGAACACCACAUCUCUCGCACUUGAACAUGCACACAGAGACCAGGGUUCAAUUCCACACCCUGGAGUUUGCAUGUUCUCCCCAUGCAUGCGUGUGUUUUCUCCCACAUUCCAAAGACAUGCUAGGUUAAUUAGCGACUCCAAAUUGUCCAUAGGUAUGAAUGUGAGUGUGAAUGGUUGUUUGUCUAUAUGUGCCCUGUGAUUGGCUGGCCACCAGUCCAGGGUGUACCCUGCCUUUCACCUGAAGACAGCUGGGAUAGGCUCCAGCACCCCUGCAACCCUUGUGAGGAAAAGCGGUAGAAAAUGAAUGAAUGAAUGAAUAUCCUUAAAAAGGCUGCACGGCGUGCAAGUGAUUAGCACGCAGGCCUCACAGCCAGGAGACCUGAGUUCGAUUCCACCCUCGGCCAUCUCUGUGUGGAGUUUGCAUGUUCUCCCCGUGCAUGCGUGGGUUUUCUCCAGGUACUCCAGUUUCCUCCCACAUUCCAAAAACAUGCUAGGUUAAUUAGCGACUCCAAAUUGUCCAUAGGUAUGAAUGUGAGUGUGAGAAAUAUGAGCUGCAACCGCUAAGUUUAAAAAUCUGCAGGUUUUCACUUUGUAACGUCAUUUUCCGAAUUACGGCUGGGUAAACCGUAGCCUACCAUAAAGUCAUCAUCGCUGUGUUCAUCUUCCUUCGGAAUUGAACAGCCUGAUUAUUCUUUCAUCACACACGUUGUCUGUCUCGCUCUCAGUAGUUGCUCUUUUGAACGCAUAUUGUUUUGAGAAGCCAAACUCGGACGUAAGGGCUCCCACCAACUAACAUCGAACUGAGUUCCAAAUCACUGAAAUGUGCUCACGGGCUUGAGCGCUACCAUCCGUCCAUGCUAGCAGAUCUUCCUUUUACAUGUGAAUUCCAACCAUUCCAGUUAGCCCCUCCCAUUCUAGUAAUACGUAGCCAAGAUGGCGACUGUUGAGGGCGCUAAGUGUUCAUCACUGCACACAGACAGUGUACUUAAUUUGAAUUCUCAGUAUGCACUUAUGCACACCCAACAACCAAAGCUGACCGUCGGCCAUCUUGGACGACAGUCCAGAUGUGAAUUUUCUCCUGCGUGGUGUUGUGUAACACAGCUCGCCAUCCGUUGUUCGCGUCCGUCAACGAGUGAGAGACGUAGGCGAUAAAAAUGGUUACGUCGAACUGCUGAACCGACUGGCGAAUGUUUGUUGACACUUGAAUGUUGAAUGACGAGCGAGCAUUUUAGCUUAGCUUCACUUUCAAACUGCGUCUCUCUACUGCCUCCGGAGGACUACUAACUGGCGUUACACGGCUAUCUCGCUCUGACACCGUGUGGUUUUUAGGAGAACUACAUCUCGCAAACGACACGCAUUUUUUUGGGCCUGCUAAAUCAAUCCAUGUUCUCGAUUACCAAACGUUUAGAAACCUUAGCGCUAGUUAGUGCUAGCAAUGGUACUAUGGUUGUGCAUGGGGUUUGUAGUGUUAACACUAGGCAAGUGAUGUUAGCGCUCAUGUCCGGGAAAGGGCUAUAUGCAUUGUUUGUACAAACCUUCGCACAGUUCUACUUUUUGUGCUAACAUUGUUAGCGCAAGCUAAUGCUAAUUCUGUGUGCGGUGUUUGUAAAAAAAAAAAAAAAAUUUGGCACACGGCGUUAGCACUGUUAGCACUAGAUCCACGGCUCUAGCACUCUUGCCUAGGAAGGGCUAUGUGCGUUGUUUCUACUAACUUUUGCCAUACAGUGUUAGCGCUAGGAGUUACUAGGAGUUAGCGCUAGCUAACAGAUGUCCCCUAUUUUAGACUAGGCCAUCUUAGCCAUCGCUCCUGUUUUUGUUCAGAAGCGUCAGUAAGUCGACACUGGUGAGACGCCACCGACCUCGGCCCCACCCGCCCAGCGCUCAUAUUGUCGGCUUCUCGCUGUCGGAGCCUCCAAGCGACAGAAAAAAAAAAAACCUACACCACCAAGACUUCAUCACACGGACAGCUGCAGAGGCUGGAAUCCCCCCUCCCGCCCCCUUUUCUCCCGUCCUUUGUCACGGCCCUGAAGGGGACGUCCAUGUGGGAGGUGUCCGUUUCAUCCCCAAAGUCCUCAUGAAGCUUGGAAACCUUUGAACCGCCAUCUUGGCCUAAAUCAGAGAGCCAGGAGAGUCCAAAACUAAGGCUGAAUACUUGAGUUAGUACACUUCAUUAAGUGCACUGCAUACACUGCGCACUUAGUGUCGCCACAAAAUCCAUCAAAUGACGAUUAAGCACUUGAGACGCAGCCGCGUGGUCGCACGGAAUCAGUCAUGGCGUGUCGGGCGCGUCUUUAAGCAAAAACCAGUCCGCUUCUGUUCGAGGUUGAAAUAGCGAUCGAAUCGUGGUGAAAAAGCCCGCAGGGCGAAGCAAACCAAGAGACUGUCAGAACAUUCCACGAGUUCAUGUCAUAUAAUGUACAGCAACCCCCACUCUUCUUUGUGUGUCCCCGUGUAAUCACACUACUUCAGUAACAUUUGGACCUGUUAGCACCUUCAACUCCUUUUAAGAUAGACAAGAAAAAAAAACAAUUACAGAAGUGCCGUAAAAAUAGAAGCCUGAUAUUUUUGUGUGUGUGGGUGUUUAUUGUAAACCUGUAUAAUGUAUAUUUUAAUAUUUAUAUGCAGCUGUUGUAUUAAAAGUAUAUUUUUAAAAUAAAAAUAAGGUGUUUGUUCUUUAACGCCACUAGGUGCCAGUAAUGUUACUGUAAUGUUGACUGAGACGCACAAGCACCGGACUGCAUCGCCGGAACCACAGGCUUUGAUCGCAGGUUUGAAUGAUCUCACAACAGGCACAAUAAUCGCUAACAUGCUAAAAACACUGAAGCCCUGACGUCACUUUUUGUCCCUCAACCUCUGAACUUUCCCACCACCAUUAACAGCAGUACAUCUUAAAUGUCUUAUUUUCCCUUAUGUCCGUUAUAUAGGGUAAUAGGAGUGUAAAGGUGACUAUAGGGGUGUUAUAUCAUGUCUACAGGGCUCUAAUAAUGUUCAAAACUGUAGUUAGAAGGCUGUAGCCACAUUUUCUAUGCUCUUAACUAGAAAAAAUAUUUUUUAAAGACAAUU